AGAGGGUGUCCGGGGAGCCGGGUCGGGCCGGUGGGUUGCAGCGGUCCCGAAGGUCCACGCCGGGAGCGGAGCCUGCACCCUCCGCCACCCGCCCUUCGGGGAAUAUCAGAACCGAGCCAAGAGGCAGGUGCACCGGGCAGAUGGGUCUGAGCCCUGUGUGACAGGAGAGAAACUGAGUCACCAGCUCGGGAGCCGCAGGGUCCGCGGGCCUGAGGGCGCCGGGGCCGCCGGUGGCGCGGACGGCGGGGUGGGCCUGGAGCGGAGGGGCCUGUGCCUGGAGAUCGGCUUCUCUUCUGUGUCCGCACCUCUUGGCUCGGGCCCCUGUGCUCCAUGACUCUGGCGUCUCCUGGCUCCUUGGCGUCGGUUUGGGAUGGUCCCUGUGCUCGGAGCAUCUGAGCGUGUAGGGCCUAGUCCGAGGAGGACGGGGAGGGGGUGCUGACCGCGGGUCUGAAUAGGAGUCUGAGGUUUCGGGGAGACCUUCCUAAGCUGCCUUCCCCGCAGUCCUGGUGCCAUUGUCCGCUAUAAUAUGGGGGAGGAGCACUAAAUUCCGUGUCCAGCUCUGCCAUUUGCUAGGUGUGAGGCCUCGGGAAAUCUCUUCCUUCUCUAAUUCUCUUUUAGAAGGUUGGAACCCAUAAAGAUAGCAGUAAUGGUAGUCGUUCGUUUUGCGCUUACUUUGUGCCAAGCACUGGUGUAUUCUACUUAAUUCUCCCGAUAGAUACAGAGCUGAGGCUCAGAGAGGACACAUCAUUUGUUCAAGCUUACACAGCCAAUAGGCGUCUGACUCCAUAGCCCAUGGCCUUAGCCAGCAGACUCGCCAGCCUUUAGGGCGCACUCCCCAGUGAGAGCAGGGGGAGGGGAAACGUCCGGGGCCCCCCACUCCCCGUUUUAUUUCGUUGGUGGCCAGCAAAGACUUGCCCUGACCCAGCCUCGUAGCCUUUGCUCACCCGGUGCUGCUGCCUCCGAGCUCCGGACGGAAGGGGCGGCACAGAAGUGGGCUGUGACCAUGCCAGGCCUUCUCCACACAGGGCUUGGGUGCUAGGCCCGGGGGUCAGCUUUCAAGACCAUUGCUGUUCCAACCCAUCCUCCAUCCGUCCUCCAUGAGCAUCCUCCCUGAGAGCGGGCUCUCGGGCGACGCGAGGCAGGGGCUGGGCGCUCUGUAGGCCCAGCUCCUCUGAGCACGGGGCAGGGGGCGGCCAUGCCUGAGGCUGGCCCAGCGAGCCCCUGAAGCUCUGGAGCCUCAGUCUCCUCACCUGUCAUAGAGGUGAUUAGAAUCUCCCACAGGGAAGCUGCUGCCGCUCACCCCGUGUCUUCUGGCCGCUUCCCUCUUUGCAGCCCCUCCCCGCAGGCUCCCCCUCGCCACCUCCUGGGGACCGUCAUGAAUGGUGCCCCUUCCCUGGAGGACGGGGCCUUCCCCUCUCCUCCUCCCUUGCCACCGCCCCCUCCCCCUAGCUGGCGGGAGUUCUGUGAGUCCCAUGCCCGGGCCGCUGCCCUGGAUUUUGCCCGCCGUUUCCGCCUGUACCUGGCCUCCCACCCCCAGUAUGCAGGCCCCGGGGCCGAGGCCGCCUUCUCCCGCCGUUUUGCUGAGCUCUUCCUGCAGCAUUUUGAAGCCGAGGUGGCCCGGGCCUCCGGUUCUCUCUCGCCACCCGUCCCGGCUCCUCUGAGUCCCGGUGUGGAGAGCCCGCCACACGACCUGUCCCUUGAGAGCUGCAGGGCGGGCGGGCCUCUGGCUGCGCUGGGCCCUUCUCGAUCGUCCGAGGACCUGGCCGGCCCCCUCCCUUCCUCGGUCUCUUCCUCUUCUACGUCCUCCUCCUCGUCGAAGCCGAAGCUGAAGAAACGCUUCUCCCUCCGUUCAGUGGGCCGCUCCGUGCGAGGCUCAGUCCGGGGCAUCCUGCAGUGGCGGGGCGCCGCGGACCCCCCCUCCCCCGCGGGGCCCCCGGACGCCGCCUCGGGGCCCCCAGUGCUAGGGGGCAACAGCAACUCCAACUCCUCCGGUGGGGCUGGGGCCGUGGGCAGGGGACUGGCUAGUGACGGGACGUCCCCCGGGGACAGGUGGACUCACCGUUUCGAGAGGCUGCGGCUCAGUCGGGGCGGAGGGGCCUUGAAGGAUGGAGCGGGGGUGGUGCAGAGGGAAGAGCUGCUGAGUUACAUGGGGGCUGAGGAGGCAGCCCCCGACCCGGCGGGCGUGGGCGUGGGCGUGGGCCGAGGCGGGGGGGCCGCGGGGCCCGCCCCCGGGGCAGGAGGGCAGCCGCCCUGGCAGAAGUGUCGCUUGCUGCUUCGAAGUGAAGGAGACGGAGGAGGAGGAAGCCGCCUGGAGUUCUUUGUGCCUCCCAAGGCGUCUCGGCCUCGGCUCAGCAUCCCCUGCUCUACCAUCACAGACGUGCGGGCAACCACCGCCCUGGAGAUGCCGGAUCGCGAGAACACGUUUGUGGUUAAGGUGGAAGGCUCCUCCGAGUACAUCCUGGAGACAGCGGACGCUCCACACGUGAAGGCCUGGGUGUCUGACAUCCAAGAAUGCCUGAGCCCGGGGCCUUGCCCUGCUACCAGUCCCCACCCCAUGACCCUCCCGCUGGCCCCUGCGACCUCGUUUCUGACGAGAGAGAACGCAGACAGCCUGGAGCCGCCCUGCCUGCACCACUCGGAGAGUCUGCCCAGCCAGGACCUGCUGCUGGGCCCCAGCGAGAGCAACGACCGCCUGUCACAGGGGGCAUAUGGGGGCCUUUCAGACCGCCCUUCAGCGUCCAUCUCCCCCAGCUCCGCCUCCAUUGCUGCCUCCCAUUUUGACUCCAUGGAACUGCUUCCCCCAGAGUUGCCACCCCGCAUCCCCAUUGAAGAGGAACCCCCGGCGGGAACAAGUCAUCCCCUCCCCACCCCCUACCCGUCCCUGGACACUCCAGAAACAGCCACAGGGUCAUUCCUGUUCCAGGGGGAGUCGGAGGGAGGUGAGGGGGAGCAGCCCCUCUCAGGGUAUCCUUGGUUCCACGGGAUGCUCUCUCGACUCAAGGCUGCCCAGUUAGUACUGGCCGGAGGCACCGACUCCCAUGGUGUUUUCCUGGUACGUCAGAGUGAGACGAGGCGGGGCGAAUACGUCCUCACUUUCAACUUCCAGGGCAAGGCCAAGCACCUGCGCCUGUCGCUGAAUGAGGAGGGUCAGUGCCGGGUCCAGCACCUGUGGUUCCAGUCCAUUUUUGAUAUGCUCAAGCAUUUCCGGGUGCACCCCAUCCCUCUGGAGUCUGGAGGCCCCAGCGACGUUGUCCUUGGCAGCUAUGUUGUGUCCUCCCAGCGGCAGCAGGAACCGAACACGGCCCACGGCCCACCCCCACCCCCUGAGCCCCCCUCGUGGACAGAUCCCCCACAUCCUGGGGCAGAAGAGGCGUCGGGGAUGUCAGAAGUGGCAGCAGCAACAGCCACAGCAGCCAAAGAGAGGCAAGAGAAAGAGAAAGUGGGCAGUGGAGGGAUCCAGGAAGAUCUGGUCCCCGCGGUUGAGCUGGUCCCCGUGGUUGAAUUGGAAGCGGCCAUGACACCAGACAUGGAGGUCCAGGGAGGCCCUGGAUCUGGUGGGGUCCCUGAAGCAACGCCGAUGGUGCAGCUCCAGCAGUUACCACUAGGGGGCGAUGGAGAAGAGGGGGGCCACCCCAGAGCCAUUAAUAACCAGUACUCCUAUGUGUGACACCCUACCCCCACCCUUUCUCCGCUUUCUGGUCCUCAGCCCUCAGUUCCUGAGACGGGCUGAGCAGG